AUUAUGGGUGACACCAGGCUGUGUCUGUUACUGCUUUUAAGCAGCUUCACGUUGGCUCAACAAAGCAAUGAAAAUGAUAAGCAGAAAUCAACAUGUCCAUUUACAGACAGAUUCAAGGCCUACAAGAAAUAUAUUUACCAGUAUACCACAGAAAGUAGAAAUGCAGUGGCAGGUACUGACAACUUCAGGAAUGGCCCUAAAGUCACUUGCCAGGUGGAGAUCGAAGUCCCCCAGACAUGUAGCUUCCUCUUGCAUACCAGGGACUGUGCCCUCAGCGAGGUGUCUGUCAUGGAUCCCCAGGGCCAGCCAGUCUACAGGCGGACCAGCAGCUCUGAAGACUUCCAGAAGACCAUGGAAAAGAACCUGCUUAAAUUCACAGUGGACCAGAUCACCAAUGUCAAGCUGUACCCUGAGCCAGACGAGCCGGUCAACAUCCUCAACAUUAAGAGGGGAAUUGUCUCUGCCCUCAUGAUGCCAAUUAUGGAGGACGAGCAGAGCAGUCUCAUGAGCACAGUGCACGGUGAGUGCUUUACAGACUACCGUGUUAAUGCCAGGAAGGACAUUGUUACAGACGUGUCCCUGUCCAGGGAUCUAUCCCAGUGUGACCAGUUCUACAGCAGAGAACUGACCAACAGCCCUCUGGCACUCCUGCAAAGACUGCAUCACCCCAUCUCUAAGCUCAUCAGAAGCACUCAAAACUGCAACUACCAGUUUGACAACAGGAGAAAGCACAUGACCACGGCUGAAUGCACAGAAACACACACCUACCUGCCCUUCUCGCAUGAGCACAGUGGAAUAUCAUCUGUAGUCACCCAGAGUCUUACCUUGCAAGACUCUGCAAGGAUUAACAACAGAUUGUUUGAGGCAGACGCCAGCCGCAGCAAACCACUUCACUUUGAAGAACCUGAAGAUAAAGCUCCAGUCCAGAUGGCGGACGCCACUCUGAGCACUCUGCGUGAUCUCAUGGCUCUGGCAGGCACAGACCAGGGCCAGAGGAGGGCCAGCCUCUUUCAUAAGAUGGUAUCCAGUAUGCGUGCCCUGACGAAUGAGACCCUGAGUCAGACAGUCAAAGAGAUGUUGGAGAUGUCAGGCAUGCUCACCUGGCAGGCGCUGUUCCAAUGCGGCACCCCAGAGUGUACCAGUGCAAUCCUCCAGGGCAUUAGGACCAUUGAUGGCGUAUCACUGGAGGUUGAUGCCCUGGUCUAUGGGCUCAGUCUCCAGGCCAACCCUGAUCCCCACCGUGUCCGAGACAUGCUCAGCAUGGCUCAGUUUAAACAGAGCAAGGCCAUCAUGUAUGCUUUAUCCAACACAGUCAGGAAGUUCUAUGAAGGACAGGUUACGCCAGAGGUCAUAGAUGUAUCAAAGUUCAUGGAGAUAUUAUUAGAGGACUGUUCAGAGGACACAGAGAUGUCUUUCCUUGCACUACGGGUUGUUGGUGUCAUGGGUCGAGCCAUGCAAGAUGCCAGCCCCAGUCUGAUUUCCUCCCUCUUUCGCUGUGCUAAGAGAACUGACAUUCCUCUAUCAAACCAAAAGGCAGCCAUUCAGGCCUUCAGAUUGAUGGACAUCACUGAUGAGGUUCGAGAUAUCCUCAUGGAAGUGUACCGGGAUGUUCAGAGCCCUCUUGAGAAACGCAUAGCAGCAUACCUAAUUCUGAUGAAGAACCCAGACCGAGCCCUGGUAACAGAGAUUGUGAACUCUUUGGAGGACUUAGGGGAGCAGCAACUCAACCUCUUUGUGAUCUCCCAUCUUGACAACAUCCGCCACUCUACUGAACUGCAGAUGCAAAGAUUCAGAGAGUACGUUGAGUUGGCCAUGAAAGACAACCUGUUCCCCGCAAACUCUGGCUACAUUGGCAAGUCCCGCAACUACAAGAUGGAAACACCAUUGGCCUCAGUAGAAGGACACAUCAUCUUUGAUCCCAUUGACACCUUGCCAAAGGAGGUGAUGCUGGAAACAACCCUCAAAGUUUUUGAUUACAACUAUGAUGUCUUUGAGAUUGGCAUUGAGGGAAAUGGAUUUGAACCAACGUUUGACGCUCUCUUCGGAGAAAAAGGUUUUUUCCCUGACUCCAUUUCCAGAGCUUUGUACUGGGCAAAUGACAAAGUCCCAGAGGCAUUCCAACAGGUUUUGGACAGAAUUGCCCCCAACGACAGCAGAAUGAAAAGACAGGUUCCACAAGACCUUCUGAAAGACAUCAUAGACAGUGUCAACAGGCUUAUAGAUAAUAUGCAUUCCUCACCAGCCCCUGAGGCCACUGCCUACCUUAGGCUUCUAGGCAACGAGAUGGGAUACAUCAAGACCAGUGAAAUUAGACAGAUGACUUCAACUCUUAUGAUGUACUUACAUGUCUUCUCCACGGUUCUGCCUACUAAGAUCCUUAAUGCAUUGACAUCUAGCACUGAAAAUGAGAUCUUUGCCCACUACAUCUUCAUGGAGAAUGCUUUUUCUCUACCUACUGCCUCUGGCUUACCUCUAAAGUUUUUGCUGGCUGGUGUGUUUGCUCCUGGUGCCAAAGGAGGUCUUAUUUUAUCUCCCAGCACACAGCAACUGUCUUUCAUGCCCUCAGUUGGCUUGGAAUUCAUUACCCAAAUGGGUGUGCACGUUCCAGAGUUUGUGGUGGCUGGAAUUGAGAUGCACACUAAUAUGUACCAUGAGAGUUCCCUCAAUGCUAAGGUCACCAUCAACAGAAGCCAGAUAAAACUGUCCAUUCCUGCUCCCAUGUCCAACAUUCAGUUGUUCAGCUUUAGCAACAAGUUGCUGUCAGUCUCCUCCAGUCAAAUGAAGAUAGUUCCAUCCAUGGUGGAGGACCAGACUGACUCCAAUGACUGUCAACCCUUAUUCACUGGUCUGAAAUACUGUACCAUUGUGCACUACUCCAAUGGUAGCUCCACAGACCAAGCCCCUUAUUACCCCCUGACAGGAGAAACCAGGUUUGCAGUUGAGAUCCAGCCCACAGGGGAGGUUUCAGACUACACUGCCACGAUCACUAGUGAAACACUCCGAGCUGGUAAAGAGGGUCAGCAUAAGGUGGACUCUCUGAAGUUAACCUUGAAGGCAGAAGGUGUUGAUUCAACAGAGGCAACAGCAUUCCUGAAAUACAACCACAAUAAGAACAUUUUUACUACUGAGUUUGUCAUCCCCGACUAUGAUAUGGAAGUAGGCAUCAACCUGGCUGUAACUGAUACAAAUACCAAAGGAAAGAAGAUGCGAGGCAUCACCUUUGAUGUCACCAACAGGAACAUCCCACAGCUGUCUCUGGUUGGGCGCACCAGACUUGAAAUGAUGAAGGAUGCCAUGCUGCAAGUUCAAAUGAUAGUCCCCUCCCUGAAAGUUGACACCUCUAUCACUGCAACCUUGAAGAAGGAUGAGGGUGUGAUCAUGGAUGUAGAGACAGCCAUCAACAUACCAGAGACAUCAUCCCUACAGAAAGUCACCCUAAAAUAUGAUGAUGACAAGUUUGAGGUGGAAGUGAAUUCAGACCUAAACUCUGAAAUCCAGAAACUGAAUAUAGAGAACUACCACAGGCAGCUGCAGCAGCUCAUUGAUGACAUCCUAGACCAGAAGGUGGCCAAAACUGAUAUGAAGCUGCGCCACAUUGUCACCAAAGGAAUUGAGGCAGGUAACAUUUGGCUGGACAAAUUGGCUGCAGGCAUCCCAUAUGUUGAAAACCUGAGAUACAAGAGGAGCAUCUCAGAUCUCACCUUGCCAGUCCUGCCUGAGAAAUUGUUUCUGCAGUCUGACAGUUUGUUUCGAUACCAGUUCAACAAGGACAAGAUGGCCAUCUCGCUUCCUCUGCCACUGGGGGGCAAAACCUUAGAAGAUUUGAAGUUCCCCACCUUUGUGUCCUUUCCUCUCAUCCACUUACCAAAGAUAGGCCUACAUGUACCUGCCAAAAAUUUUCCAGUUCCAUCAUUCACCAUACCAUGGUCAGUGGACUUCAUGGUCCCCCUUCUCGGUCUUGCUGAAGCAUCCACCAAAAUCAACAGCAACUUCUACAACUGGGAAGGCUCCAUCUCUGGUGGUAAUAACACUGUGGAUGUCCCCAGCUACAUUGCACAAUACAAGGUCAUCGCCCAAUCACCUUUUAACUCACUGUCAUACAAACUUGAAGGAACUGGGAUGAUUUCAGGAAGAGCUGAAGAUAAUAUUAAGUAUCUUGUGAAUGGUUCCUUUAGCCAUAGCCUCAUUGAUACAAGUUUCAGUGUGAUAGAAACUGUGAGAGAGACAGACAAACUUGAUAUGAAGGCCACCUACAAGAUUGAGGUCUCUAGUCCACUGGGCUUACACACCUCUCUCUAUUACUCUGCUCAAUCAACUUCUACCCCAGACAAAGUCACUGGAGAUGGCACCAUGGAUGGAUCAAUUAAAGUAGGUUCUCAGUACACCAACACCACCUACACCGUUAGCUACACUCUAUGUCCUCAAGAAAGAAAAGGAAGAGGAGAGUCCAACCUGCACAUCACCUCACCAUUCAUCCAAGCUCACAACAUGAUCCAGGGAGUCUAUGCAAACUCAGAGUUGAACAUUUUGUCCAAAACAAACAUGCAGAAUGAUGUCCUUAAGCAUGUGGCAGAACUUAAGUACAAGAAUGCACAACUGACCUUGAAGUGUAGUGCUGUUGCCAAGGCCCUGGGCAAGUCACUCAGUAACAACGUUGAGCUGGGCAUAUCCAGUCAUAUGGCCAUUCUUAGAAUUGAGUCACAGGCAGAUGAUGCAACAAAUCGGGCCUAUUCCCUUAUAACAGGGUCCAUGAAUCCAAAUAACCUUGAGGUAAACUCUGAAGGUUCCCUCACCUUUGAUGCAGGACGUGGAUUGCACAAAGCCUCUGUUACAGUUGGCAGUAAUGGUUUGAUCAUCAGUGGAACUAACAGCAUUCAGUGUAGUCCGGUGACAUUUGAGAACAUAUUUAAUGGUGCUAUAGACAGCAGUGGAGCAUCUCUGUCCUCCAAGUCUAAAGCAAUGGCUGAAGAAAGCAAAGGAGAGCUGAACAUUGAGGGUAAAAUCACAGCUGCAGAGGCGUCUUUGCAUGGUGUUCUCAAGGGCAAUGCACAUGAUGCAAGCACAAGAAACAACAUAGAUAUUGUAUUGAACCGAAGGGCUUUGACCUUUUCUAGCAACAUGAUGGGAUUGUUGAAGCAGAUGAAAACUGAAAACAGCCACACACUGACCCUAACUUUAUGGACCUUAGCCCAUCACUCCAAGAGUAACAACUUCAUCUGUGAAGACGUUUACUACAAACAAGACACCAAAGUUGUUAUGGAGCCAUUUGUUACCUCAAUAGAUGUGAUUAAUGACUUCAAGUUAUAUGAUGUUAAUUUAAACAAUGAAGGCCACAUGAAACUUAAGCCAUUUAAAAUGGACCUUACAGGAAGCUGGAAAGGAGUCUAUCGAGAGGAGCAGGAGAUUAAACAUUCCUAUGAAAUCAACUAUGCUGAUAUGGCUGGUACAGUGAAAUCCAGCACAUCUGGGAAUAUAAUGGAUGCCCAGUUUAAUCACAACUGUGAAUUUGAGUUUGCUGGACUUUCCUCCAAGUCAAACUGUGAAGCACAAAUAAAUUCUGAGCCUCUACAGUUUGACAGCACCAUACGCACUAUGGCAAUGCCUUUCAGCUUCUCCUUUGAUGCCCUUGUUAACAGUGAUGGGGAAAUGAAUCUAAAUGGCAAACACAAUGGACAGUUGUACAGCAAGCUGCUGGUUAAAGCUGAGCCCCUAGCUUUUGCGUAUUCAUAUGACAGCCAGGUAUCAACAAGCCACAUGCUUGAGAGUGGGGAGUCUUCCACUUACCUAGACAACAAAUUUGGUGGACUUCUGACACCCAGUGAACAAACUUUGAGAUGGAAAACCAAAUCAAAGUUUAAUGAACAUAUAUUCAACCAGGACAUCAGUAUUUACAACAAUCCUGAGAGGACUGGCCUUGAGUUUUCAGAAGUAAUUUUAACAAACAUUUUCCGUAAACUGAGCACAAAUAGGGAAAAGAGAUCAGAGCCAGAAAAUCAAGAGUUUAGUAUGUCUGGUUUCCUUAAAUAUGACAAGAACAAUGAUUGCCAUAUAUUUGAAAUACCAUUCAUUGAGAGUCUUCCUGUUGCUUUUGAACAGAUGAAGAAUGUCCUUGUAAAUACCUUACAAUCACUGCAGCAGUUCAUCAAUAGUCUAGAAAUUAAUGAAUUAAUUAGUGAAUUUAGAGCCAAAUUGCAUCAACUACCACAGCAAGUGAGUGACUUCAUGAGAGAGAUGGAUUUAGAGAACAAAGUGAAUCAGGUCAAAGAAAAACUUGAUUAUUUCACAAAUGAGUUUACUGUAACAAUGGAUGACUUAGAACUUGCAAUGGAAAACUUGAAAAAGAACUUUGAAAAGACAGUGAUGGAUACUGCAACAAAAAUUAGAGAUUUCAUUCUUACAGUGAAAGACUUUAUCAAACAAGGGGACUUUUCUGACGCCAUAACAAAUUUACUUUCAAAAAUUGGAAAUGAGCUCAAGGCCUUUGAUGAAAAGUAUGAAAUAAGAGACUCUCUUGUUAAAGUAAUUGAUGCCAUAGAUGAUGUCAUCACACAGAUUGAUUUGCAGAAACUCACAGAAAGAAGUGCUGCAUGGCUGCAGGAGCUUGAUUCUAAAUAUGGCUUCCUGGAAAAAAUCAAAGAAAAAGCGACAAAAUUGAAACAGGCCAUUGAAACAUUUGAUGUAAAAAUAUUUUUCCAAAAUUUAAGGGAUGACAUUGUUUCAGUUGAUGUGGCUAUGUAUGUUGAGCAGCUAUCGUAUAAAAUACCCUCUACAGAGAUAGCAAGAGUGAUUGAGUCUAUGAAUGACAUCAUUGUCAAUUGGAUUGAUGAAUACGAAAUAACCACCAAACUGAAUGCAGUGCAUUUCUACUGUAGGGACAUACUUGUUAAAUAUGACCUUGAUAAAAAAUUUAAAGAAUUGCUAGAUCAGGCAAUGGUGCUCAUCAAAGAAUUCAAAAUCGAAGAGACUGUGCAAUCACUAGCAGAUGCUCUGAGAGCUAUCAAAUUUGAAUAUGCUUAUAAUAAAAUGUUGCAAUUCCUGGAUAGUGUGAUAAGUCAGCUGAAGGCAAUUAACUUCAAGAAAAGUAUUGAUGAGCUUAAUGAGAGCAUUUCCUCCACGGUGAAGUCAAUAAAGGGAUUUGACUACAGUGCAUUUGUUGAUGAGGCCAACAUGAAAAUUGUUGACCUAACAAACUAUGUUAAUGAGCAGAUAAAAACAUAUGAGAUUGUACAAAAAGUUGAAGCUGUUAGAGAAUUUUUCAGAGAGAUCCAAACUUCCAUAACCAAAUACUUGGAUGAGCUGAAAAACACAAAGGUGGCUGAGCUUGUGAUGAAACUGAAUGACGUGGUUGAUACUACAAUCUACAAUGACAUCAAGAUGAAAGUACAGGAAAUCCUUGAGGACAUGAGACAAAGAAUUCUUGACAUGGAUAUCAGAGAUGAAAUUUAUAUAUACCUCCAAAGGGCGAGUGAAUCCUACACCAAUAUGAUUGCAUAUAUUUCUGUUCAGUUUAACCGAGUGAUAGAGGAAAUCUGCAAAGUGGUAAAGGACAAUGAGAUCAUCAACCAGAUCAAGCAGGCUAUCAGUGGUGUUCUGGAUGCACUGAAGACAGCUGAGGUUGAAGUUCCCUCUUUCACCAUGCCUCUAACUGACCUUGUAAUUCCCAAAUUUACAAUCAACCUGAAUAAAUUGCACGAGGUUAGUAUCCCAGAUCAAAUUUCAGUCCCUGAGUUCAGCAUUCUGAGCUCCUAUGCAAUUCCUGCCUUUACAAUAGACUUUAAGAAGAUCAAAGCAAACAUAGUUGCAAUCAUAGACUGCAUAAGAGAAUAUGAGAUUAAUAUGCCUAAAGCUGAAGAAAUCUUUGGAGACUUAAAAAUCAUUUACCUAUCUGAAUUACCAGAUCUGACCUUCCCAGAUAUAACUCUUUCAGAAGUCAAGUUACCGGCCAUCAACAUUCCCAAAUUGAACCUGGAAGACUUUGAUAUCACAAUGCUUUCCAUUCCAGAGAGUAAAAUGCCUGAGGUUCCUAGUGAAGUUUGCAUUCCAGUUUUUGGAAAACUCCAUGGUGAGUUUAGAGUGACCUCCCCACAUUACACUCUUGUAACAAUAGCAGCAAUUGAAAACUCAACUGCCACACCAAAGAGCCCACAGUUCACAGCCAUCUUGACUUGUCAGGCCAAGUCAAGUAUGGAGUUCCUUGACUAUUCUUUGGAUGCCAGUGCUCAGUUAGCAGCUCCUAGAAUGAAGAAGCUGUUAUUCACAGAGACUGUGAAAGCCACUCAUUUAGCCUUUUCUGUUGAUCAUGAGGGAUCACUGGCUCUCACUGGCCCCUCAGCCGAGGCUUCUGCAAAGACUGUUGCCAACGCCACAACUCAAAUAUACACAGCAAACCUGGUCAACAAUAUGGCAUUUAAACUAAAGAGUGGAAUCUCUGCAGCCACAGACACAUCUUACAGCCACAAUAUAAACAUCCCAACAGCUGAAACUUCUAGUCAAGGAACUAUAAGACAGAAUAUUACCACCAAAAUGGAAUCCGAUAGAAUUAUUGUAACUGGUGAAACUACUGGCAAUGGAAAGUGGUCCAUUCAAGAAUACUCUGAUGAAGGUACACACAAAAGCAAUCUGGAAUUUACCAUCAAUUUUAGUACUGCCAAGCUUAUUUUUGGAGGAGAGACUGAUUGUAAGGCCUUGAAAAUGAAGCAAACAAUGACUGCUGAAUCAGUCAUCUUAAGUCAUAUAAUUGUUGAAGCAAGAACUGAGAGUGAAAUGCCAUCUAUCAAGAAGAGUGUCAUGGUUGUGAAUGCAGAGGCUCAUACUGGAGAUUUGAAAAUUGCAAUGAUAGCCUCUCAUGAUGCUGAACUCAGUGGAAGACUGAGUGGAUCCAUAUCAAACUCAGUGAAAUUCUUGGUCCAUCCAUUUGAGAUUGUACUGAAUAUCAAGAAUAUAGUCAAUUCAAAGGUUAUUUUCCCCCUGAAACUCACUGGAAAGGUGGAUCUCGAGCAUGAUUAUAGUAUUAUUCUAAACUCAGAGAAGCAGCAUGCUAAUUGGGUUACUUUAGCUAGAUUCAAUCAGUACAAGUACAAUCACAAUUUUGCCUUGGAAAACAGUAAAAGGGACAUGUUUUUACAUUUAUCAGCCAGUGGAGAGGCUAAUCUGGACUUUUUGACUGUGCCUCUUACUGUCCCAGAGAUGACCAUACCUUAUAUGGAAAUGAAAACCCCAGAGGUCAAACAUCUCUCUCUAUGGGAACAUGCAGGCUUCAAAACCCUGCUUACCACUCCUCAGCAGUCAUUUGAUAUGAACCUGAAGCUUGAUUACCAUAAGAACCCUGAUAUGCACAACUUUGAAUUGGACCUUGAACCCAUCUAUAAUAUAAUCAAUGACAAAGCCAGCGUCAUCGAGGCACAAUUUGAGCAAUGUAGAGACAAAGUAGUAGGGCUUCUAAAAGAUUCUUACAAUCACGCCAAAUUAAAGUAUGUUAAACACAAGAUUGGCAUGUCUAGUCAGCCUCCUAGAAUCUUCACUGUCCCAGGAUACAAAGUGCCUUUCCUGAAUAUCGAGGUUUCUGCCUUCAGAGCAGAGUUGCCUGCUUUCAGCUACUUUGUUCCCAAGGAGGUCAGUACACCAAGCUUCAAAGUUCCAGCAGUAGGUUUCUCUGUGCCAUCCUAUACCCUUGUGCUGCCAUCUUUGGAAUUACUGGUCAUCCAUGUCCCAGAAACUUUAAGUGAACUGACCCUACCCAAAUUUACACUACCAGCAAGUCAAAACUCUAUUACUAUUCCAGCCAUGGGCAACAUAACUUAUGAUUUCUCCUUCAAAUCUACUGUGAUGGCCCUGAGCACUAAUGCUGGCCUCUACAAUCAGUCAGACAUUGUUGCUCGAUUUGGAGUUUCCUCAGCAUCUGUGUUUGACAUUUUGAAUGGAAAAAUCAAUGGCAGUACUAGUUUGACAAGGAAGAGGGGAAUAAAACUGGCAACCACUGUGUCACUGGAGCACAGGAACAUGGAGGCAAGCCAUGAUUGCACUCUUAGCCUCUCCAGAAGGAGCAUGGAUGCUUCUGCUGCCAAUAUUGCCAAAAUUAAUCUGCCCUUCCUCAAUCUGGAAUUAAGACAGGACCUCCAUGGAAAUUCCAAGUCUGAACCAAACAUAGAUUCAAAGAUAAACCUUAAAUACGUGUUUAAUAUUCCACAGAUUGAGUCUCAAGGCAAGGGAAACAUUGAUUUGAACCUGGCAUUAGAAACACCCCCUUCCUAUGUGUCAUUAGAGUCCACUGCCAAAGGGAAGACGGACAUAACAAUACUGAACAGUUGUAAUUUUGCUGGAGAUCUAGAAAAUGAGGCCACCCUCUACCUUAAUGCCAAUAACCUACGUUCGACUUUCAAGACUGAUUUCAAAACAAACAUUGAUCUAAGACAGGAGAAACAAAAAAGAAGCCCCAGUAAUAUGCUCCAGUUUGACAUGAAUGAAAACUUUGCUCUUGAGGUAUCUCUGCACCGUGUGUAUGCAGUGGUGGAUUACACAAACAAUAACAAUGUUAAUUUUGCAUCUUUCAACACAAAUGGAAAUCAUGUUGUUAAAGGAACACUGGAUUUAGCUCCUCUUAGAACCCUAAAAGUUACAGUGAAUAUUGAUGCAAGUCAGCCUUGCAGUUUGGGAUAUGCUGGACUUCUUCAGAAUAUGAAUCUUGAUAUUACCUCAGAGAAGCAGUCUUUCACCUGGAGUCGUAAGGAGCAACUGGGCUCUCUCAUCCAUGCUUAUGAUUUAUUUUUGUCCAGUGAUGUGGCUGAAGUACGCAUGGAUUUGACCGGAUGGGUGGAAGGUCACCUAGCUUUCCUGAAGUCAGUAAAGCUCCCUGUUUAUCAUAGAAACCUCUGGGAUAUGCUCAAGUUUGAUCAGGUCUCAAAUAUGGACAAGCUACAAUUUUUCAAUGUCUCCUCUAGUAUUGUGUACACAAAGACCAUGGACAGCUUAGAGUUUGCCAUACCAACUAAAUUAUUUGGAAAUGGUGUCACUUUCAGUGUCCCUGAGAUUACUCUUGGAGUGCCUGCUUGGGUAAAAGAAAUCCUACCCACCAUAAGGAAUAUUGAUAUGCGAUUUGAAAACAUUGAUGUCCAUGACCAUUUCACAUUACCACCAGUAAUUUCAGUUCCAGCCUUUUAUGUGCCAUUCACCACAUUGCAUGUAGAACCCUUCACAAUUGAUAUGAAAAAUCUACACAUCCCUAAAAUGAUAACUACCACAGCCUUUGAGAUUAAACUGCCAGGCCUGCCAAAGUUGGCAGUGCCCAGUUUUGAUAUUGACACAGAGUAUCUAAAUGGUAAAAUUUCGUUCCUGUCAUUCAAGAUGCCACAAUAUGAAAUUACCAUCUCAUCUAUGACCAUACUAAAAACCUUCAGCAUUGGUGACUACUCCAUUGACCUAGAUGAGAUUGCAAGUCACAUUUCAAAGUUUGAAAUCCCAACCAUCACCAUUCCAGAGCAAAAGAUGGAAAUCCCUGAAAUUGCCCUAUAUCUGCCUUCAAGUGUGUUUCUCCCAGCAUUUGGUGCCCUUGCAGCCACACUGGAGACUUCCUCACCAAUUUAUAAUCUGACAACAACUGCUAAUCUAGAAAUUAAGGAUUCCAGGCUUGUUUCUUCAUUGAAGUCCAUCUGCACCUCCACAAUGAUCUUCUUGGAGUAUGACCUGGGUGCCACAGCAACCCUUGGAUUUGAUAAUGGAAUUAUCAGUCUAAAUGGGAAGUCCAGCUUCAUUCACAAUGACAUAAAUGUUGAUUGGCAGCAUGUUUUUGCACAAAAUUUGAGGACAAAGCGGCAAACUGCCUCAGCUGAUGCUAUGGUGUCUCGUCACACUUUAAAUGUUAACAUCACCAGCACAACGUUUGUUGAUGUGAGCUUCCGCUUCGCCUCCCGCAAGGAUGGCAUCACAACAUCAGUGUCUUCUCCAUCAUCUGGUUUCCUUGGAUUGCAUGUUCAGCGAAGGUCUCCGUCACAGCUGUAUGGAAAAUUUUUCAGUCGUUACCUGUCCACCCCUGGGAAGGAUACAGAUAUUCUGACUAUCAAAGCCAGUCUGAGAAACUCUGAAAGGCUGAGCCUCCAGACCAACUGGGACUUAGUUGUCCUCUACGACAUGAUUGAAGGGUCUAAGGAGAGGAUGCCUGCCAUUACUGAAGCUCUGCUCAAGUUUAUCAACAAAUAUCACACUGCUCACUUUGGUUUUGAUCUAAACCGUGCUGGUAUGAAGUUGAAGAAUUCAGUGUCCAAUGCCAUAGAGAGAGUCUAUCAUGAAGUUCCCAUGUCUUUCAGCACACUACAGAAUUCAGUUGAACAACUCAGUGAUCAAGGAAAUAAUGUGUACAGGAAGGUUUCUGACAGCAUAAUGUCAAUCAAUGUGCAGGAAGUUAGAGAUAGGGUUACUAACAAGGCCAGACAACUCUUGCAACAUAGUGAACAAAAUAUUAAAAUCCUGCUGGAUGCACUCAUGAAGUUCUUGAGUGACACCAAAUUUGCUAUGCCUGGAUUUGAAGAGAAGAUGACAGGCCUCGAGAUCUCUCAGCGAGCCUGUCGUGCUGUGUCAUCAGCCAUGGACAGGGCAACCCAAGGGUUUGCCAACCUCAUGGAAAUAAUUGGUGACACAAUUUUCAAUUACACUGGGGAAAUUCAGUUCACCAUACCAGGAACCAGUAUCCUUGUUAAUGCAAAGGAGAUAAUGGAAAAUCUGAUGUCUUCUUUGAAUUCCAUAAAGGAACAUCCAGUACAGACACUGCAGUUAGAAGUGCUGCUCAGGAAAGUUGGUGAUCUCUUGCUCAUGAUUUUCAAAAAGUUAGAGGAGCUCACUGACACACUGAGAGCUGAAAACCUGGAUUUUGUUUCCCAAAUUGAAGACAUCUAUACAGAGGCUCUACAGUCUUCCAAACAACACAUUGAAGAGGCAAGGAGAAAUAUACCUGAGUACAAAGACCUUGCCAAACUGAAGGUUCAAGAGGUUUAUAAUAGAAUCAAUAUGGUGCGUGUGAAUAACGAUUUAAAGGAUGUGAUCAGUAUUUUGCAAUCAUACCUCUAUGGAGGAAUUAAAGAAAGUAUAGAUUUAAUAGGUAAAGCAUCUCAGAACACAACACCAUAUAUUCAAGUGAGCAAUAAAAAGAUGGACAUUAAUAUUCCCCUACCCUUCUUUUGGAAAUCAUUCAGUGAAUGGCCAACACUUUCCAGACAAUGA